CCAUUUUGUUCGCGGCUUCUCUGCUCGUAAGUCGCUCGUUUCCGUGGCUUCUGUGAGGCGAAAAGUUUAAAAAGGGUAAAAGUUUUAAAGAAUAUUCUGGAAGUGUGUCGGUAAGCCUAGCGAGUCUCCAUUUUCUCUCCGCAGCAGACGUCGGCAGCGCGGUUCGGAGAGGCGGCGAGAAUGAGGCCCUUGGACAUCGUCGAGCUGGCGGAGCCCGAGGAGGUGGAAGUGCUGGAGCCCGAGGAGGACUUCGAGCAGUUCCUGCUGCCCGUCAUCAACGAGAUGCGCGAGGACAUCGCGGCCCUCACGCGGGAGCACGGGAGAGCCUACCUGCGGAACAGGAGCAAGCUGUGGGAGAUGGACAAUAUGCUCAUCCAGAUCAAAACGCAGGUGGAGGCCUCGGAGGAGAGCGCCCUCAACCAUCUGCAGAACCCCGGCGACGGCGUGGACGGCAGGGCGGCCAAGAGGUGCGAGAAGGCCGAGGAGAAGGCCAAGGAGAUCGCGAAGAUGGCAGAGAUGCUGGUGGAGCUGGUUUCCAGCCAGCGGAUUCUGGUCAACUGAUGGAGAUUGGCUGACAUCCUUGAGAAGCUGAAACCAGAGAGCCUUUUGUUUUCUCCUUUUUCCUCUGUCUACACUUUGUCCUCACUUACACUACGUUUCUGCUAUGGUCUGUGGUGGAUGACCUCAAAACAAGUUCUGACCGUUCAUUGUUUUUGUUUGGGGAAGUACUUUUCAUUUGGAAGAUGCUCUCACACGAGAAUUAGGGCCUAGAUUGUAAGCUCUUGCGGCAGUCACGUUUGUUCUUGGGCUUUGGUUAUUUCUAAAUUUUGAGGUGCUUUGUGCUUUCUUGUGUGACUUGAUAGCUCCCUGGAACUUUGAGUCUGUGUCACAUGAGACUCAAGAGUUGGAGUUUUCCAGCUCUGGAGCUGCUGAAGGAGCUGCAUUACUUCUAGAAUAUUACUUCAUGCAGCAGCUGCUGAAGAAGCUGAAGAAGGGACCAGACGUCAACUGGCAAUGUGAAUGGAGCUGAUCUGGCUAGGACUGAUGAAUCAGAAGGCAGUGGGACGAUGGUAGUGUCUGUAUUUCGGGACUUUGAUUUCUGUGUGAGACCAAAGGAGAAGAGAUGUAUUUUGUUCAAAAUUUAAAUUAUAUGUGGCACACUAUCUGAUGUAACCUAUCUGGUCAGUUGGUUUGGACAACCCAACUCAGCUUUAUUUGAUGUGGAACCUAGAAUAGGAGACAAGAUCUUGGUUUUGUACACAUUGAUGUAAUACUCUGAUGCAUUUCAGGGGAUUCUGGGCAUAAAAUGGAAGAGAUAUUUGCAAAGGCUCUUGAGGGGCUGGGAAAGGAAAGGAGGACUAUCUGCAUUGGACCCUAAACUGGACAGGGACUAGGUAUUUUUGAAGUUCAUAAAUCGUCCUGCUAUAAGUUCAUUUGAGUAGCAGACCUGACAAGUAUUUGAGGUCAAAACCCUACCAUGUGUAUUAAAAAGAAAAAAAAAAAAAAAAAAGUUAAUAAAAGUAUUCAUUUGCUUGAAAAGA